GUUGUCUUCUCCACCGUCUCCGGUCACCUCCACCGUCCCCAUAGCCGGUCGCCUCCACCGUCUCCGUCUCCUCCGUCGCCGGUUGUCGCCUCCACCAUCUCUGCAUCUCUCUAUCUUCUGUCUCACAACAAUCAGGGAUAGCUUGAUACACCUGACCUGAGGUUUGCUUGAUUCCCUAUGGCGUUUGUACAUUUUAAUGGGCUUCGGUCUCUGCAAAUUUCUUCACGAGGAUGCAUCUUCAACCCUGGUAGCGGGCACACACGAAGCGAUAUAUCCAACAAUAGAUGUUCUGCUGUCAAGGCUUGCAUCAAGCAACCUGAUCAAAAAGUUCAUCUUGAAUCUAAGUUAAAUUCGGUAUUGGACAGUGUGAAAUGGGACGAGAAGGGUUUGGCUGUGGCUAUAGCACAAAAUGUCGACUCAGGAGCAAUCUUAAUGCAAGGAUUUGCCAACCGGGAAGCACUUGCGACCACAAUUGCUUCCAAGAAAGCAACUUUUUAUAGCAGAUCAAGAUCAACAUUGUGGAUAAAAGGAGAGACCUCCCUUAAUUUCAUCAAUGUUCAUGACAUCUUUCUUGACUGUGAUCGUGAUUCUAUCAUAUACCUUGGAAAGCCGGAUGGUCCAACUUGUCACACUGGAGCGGAAACUUGCUAUUACACAUCCAUUUUCGAUUCUCUAAAUAAACCACAGGCUGAAGAAAAUAAUCUGGCAUUGACGACAUUGUAUUCACUGGAAUCCACACUUUCCCGAAGAAAGGAAGAACUGUUGGCACCUCAACAAGGCAAACCAUCAUGGACAAAACGCUUAUUGCUUGAUGAGAAGUUACUGUGCUCAAAGAUCCGCGAAGAAGCCGACGAAUUUUGCAGAACACUGGAAGAGAAUGAGGACGAAUCACGAACUUUAUCUGAGAUGGCAGACGUGCUGUAUCACGAGCUCGUCUUAUUGAUCCACAGAGGUUUAAAAUUCGAAGAUGUUCUCGAGGUUCUUAGAUGCAGAUUUGCUCAAUCGGGAAUCGAUGAAAAGAAUAGCCGCAAACCGAAAACCGUAAAAUGAUUACUGCAUUUUUCAUAACUUCAAUGAACAAGAACAUGGGCAUCUGCAAAGUUGUUUUCAUCGAAUAUUUGGAAUAGUCUAUAGGAACCCAUGUAUUUUUUUUUUUUGGAAGGGUGUAACAGGCUAUGCCUGUACUAAUCCCAGCAAAUUAUAACGGCAAGAAAUCAGUCAUGAUAAACUUAGUAGCCACAAUUGUUGUGCAUGUCUGGAAUAGAACCCUCUGGACAAAUGGGAUAUUUCACCAUAUCUUUCAUAGCCUCAACCGCUACGUCACAA